AUGUCCACGAAACCCACUCUCAUCGACGUUCUCAAUAACGAAACAUCUUAUCCAUAUUCUCUAGACGACUUUGCUGCGUUCUUGGAUCAAACCUACUGUCUAGAAAACCUAGAAUUUUGGCUGGCCUCUCGUAGAUACAAAUAUUACGCUUAUAACUUCUAUAACCCGAAUGCCUCCCUCCCUUCCCUUCUCUCAGAGCCGGAUAUGUUACUGUCCAGCGAUUCUUUAUACGACGACGCCAUCUUGCGCGGUGAUGCACCAGCUCACAGUGAAUUCAUAAAGCAAAAAUUACACGAGAUAAUCACAACUUUCAUUUUACCCAACUCACCCAAAGAAAUUAACAUUGACUCAUCGGUGCGCGAAGAUCUAUUGACGAAUGUGUUCUCUUACAACAACUAUGACCCUUCAAUACUUGAGGUAGUCAACAACCACGUAUUCGAGUUAAUGCAAGGUUCAUGUUUCUCGCAGUUCCUAGUGGAAGCGGGGAACGUUGAAUUGCGAAUGUCUAGUGAAAGUGAAAGUCAGGAAGAAUCCGAUCUUUCUAACCCUUCAAGUCCAGGCGGAAUUUCCCAGUUUCAAAGUGGUGUAUUCCGUCGUAGCACCAAGAGUGCGAGGAAACAGAAGUUUGGUGGAUUGAAAUUAAAAGAAAAAUACAAGAAAUUAACAUCAAAAAUCGGAACUGCCUUGUAA